GCCCGGGUCCGACCCGCGCGGCCGCGCGCCCCACAGCCCAGGAGCGAGCGAAACACCAGUGCAGGGAGAGGGCUGCCGUCCCGUCGCGCGCGAUGCUGCCCUGGACGGUGAUCGGCCUGGCUCUGAGCCUGCGGCUGGCCCGGAGCGGCGCGGAACGUGGCCUUCCGGCAUCUGCCCUUCAGGGGGACCUGCUGUUUCUGUUGGACAGUUCAGCCAGCGUGUCUCAUUAUGAGUUUUCCCGAGUUCGGGAGUUUUUGGGGCAGCUGGCAGCCCUGCUGCCCGUGGGUCCUGGAGCCCUGCGUGCCAGCCUGGUGCACGUGGGCAGCCGACCGCACACCGAGUUCCCCUUCAGCCAGCACAGCUCAGGCUCAGCUGUCCAGGACGCCAUACGGGCUGCAGCGCAGCGCAUGGGCGACACCAACACUGGCCUGGCACUGGCAUACGCCAAGGAGCAACUGUUUGCCAAGGCGGCAGGGGCCCGGCCGGGAGUGCCAAAGGUGCUGGUGUGGGUGACAGACGGCGGCUCCAGCGACCCCGUGGGGCCCCCCAUGCAGGAGCUGAAGGACCUGGGGGUCACAGUCUUCAUCGUCAGCACUGGCCGGGGCAACCUCUUGGAGCUGUCUGCCGCCGCUUCGGCCCCCGCUGAGAAACACCUGCACUUUGUGGAUGUGGAUGACCUGCACAUCAUCACCCAGGCACUGAGGGGCUCCAUCCUCGAUGCGAUGUGGCCGCAGCAGCUCCAUGCCUCCGAGGUUACGUCCAGCGGCUUCCGCCUGGCCUGGCCGUCCCUACUGACGGCAGACUCAGGCUAUUACGUUUUGGAGCUGGCGCCCAGCACGGAUCCGGGGGCCGCGCGCCGUCAGCAGCUGCCAGGGAACGCCACGGGCUGGGCCUGGACCGGUCUGGACCCAGACACGGACUACGACGUAGCUCUGGUGCCAGAGUCCAACGUGCGGCUCUUAAGAUCACAGCACCUACGGGUGCGCACGCUGCCAGAGGAGACCGGGCCGGAGCUCAUCGUCGUCUCGCACACCAGGCCGCGCAGCUUGCGCGUGAGCUGGGCCCCGGCGCUGGGCCCGGACGCCGCGCUCGGUUACCACGUGCAGGUCGGGCCCCUGCGGGGCGGGGCCGCGCAAAGUGUGGAGGUACCGGCGGGCGAGAACAGCACCACGCUUCAGGGCUUGGCGCCCGGCACCGCCUACCUGGUGACCGUGACCGCAGCCUUCCGCUCCGGCCGCGAGAGGGCGCUGUCAGCCAAGGCCUGCACGCCCGAAGGCGAGCGCAGCCGUGCCCCGCGUCCCCAGCCGCAGUGGACUGGGGGCCGGGAACCGUGAGUCGGUCGCGCCCGCGCACCCGAGGGCCCCCUUCUCCCGAGCCCGGUGGGUUUGACCCGGGGAUGGGAUGCUGUCGGCCUUAGGCCCGCGGGACCCCCGCGCAGGAGCGCUCCCCGCUCCGGCGUCCGCCCUCCAGGACGCAGCCUCGCCUCACCUUCCGCCGUAGCUAUGGCAGCAGCGCGUGCCGCUGCGACUCCCUCCCCUGCCCGGUCCAGACCUGGGCACUCGGUGGUGUCCUUUGGGCAGGAUUUAGCAGGGAGAUGGAAAAGGCGUCAGGGGGCCCGUUGAGAACAUCAGACUCCAGAUGGCUCUGGACCCAGGGCCACAGGGCGUCUGGGUCUCCGGGUCUCCCACUUGUGUUAGAGGCCAGCACCUCUGGUGGCAAAGGCUGGCAUCUGUUUGAGGGAGCUUGGUCCAGAUGGCUGUUCUGAGUCCCCACCAGCCACUCGGGUCCAGGGUGGGAAGGGAAGGAGCUGGCUUUGGCCAGGUCCCAAAGGUUUUCUGGAGGGGAUAGUGUCAGGAAAAGGGGCGGGGAAGUGCUGGCAGUAGAUCCUGUGGUUAGCAGCUGGGUGGCUGGAGAGGCAGUCUUCACUGGCAUGCUCAGCUGGCUUGGGGGCAGUGCUUUGCUUGCUGGGAACAGUGGCCCUGCCUUCCUACCCAGAACCCUCGUGGGCCCAGCCACAGCCUCUGGGACCCAGGUGGCACCUUUUGGGAAGAAUGUGACAAGAGCCUGGCAUUCAGGACCCUGGAUACAGGAGAGCCUGUUCCUGCAGGGCCCCAAGGCUGGCACUUGCAGGGGGUUUUCCCUUUGCUGGGUGGAGGGCCUCUGUGCUGGGGCAGGGACAGGCCAGGUGCCUCUGGGUGCUGCACCCCAGCCGUCCCUGCAGUGUCCACCUCCUGUCACUCCUUACUGUGCUGGGGCCACCAGACAAGUCCCAAGGGCGGGCAGUGCUGCUGCCACUUGGCCCCACAGGCACCUCCUCCACACCUGCGCUGACUCAGUGCUCACUUUUCAUCUUCCCCACUAAUGACCCAGCCUUUACAACAAAAUACAAUAAAUCAGAUGUAAACUCA